GGAAUAGGCCCAAUUGUACAGAUAGCCACAUACAGCUCAGCUUCGGUUAAGAUCGCAUCUCAUGCUCUGCCGGAGCUCCACUCCGAUCUUUCUCAAAACUCACCAAUCCAUUGCCAUAUGGUCAAUAUGGUCUAGUUGAGACUUGAGAAGACUGUUUUCUACAACAUUUUCUGCUGUAAUCUCUCGUAAUUGCUAUACCGGCACAACAUCCGCAGAUCUGAUCGCGAAUCUCGGUCGGUGUAGCCGUUCGAUCCACGAUCUCCGGCUGAUUUCCAAAUCCAGCCGCCGAUAAUGGCCGGAGCGGCCUCGGCGCUAUUCCUCUUGGACGUCAAGGGCCGUGUACUUGUGUGGCGAGACUAUCGUGGCGAUGUCUCCGCCACUCAAGCCGAACGCUUCUUCACCAAGCUUCUCGAGAACGAGGGUGAUCCUCAAGAUCCUGUUGCGUAUGAUAGCGGUGUUACAUAUAUGUUUAUCCAGCAUAACAAUGUGUACCUCAUGAUUGCAUCAAGGCAGAACUGCAAUGCUGCUAGUUUGCUUCUGUUUCUACACCGUGUAGUUGAUGUGUUUAAGCAUUAUUUUGAAGAGUUAGAAGAAGAAUCUCUGAGAGACAAUUUUGUUGUUGUGUAUGAGUUGCUUGAUGAAAUCAUGGACUUUGGGUAUCCUCAAUUUACUGAAGCCAAAAUUCUUAGUGAAUUUAUCAAGACUGAUGCUUAUAGGAUGGAGGUUACGCAAAGGCCUCCCAUGGCGGUUACCAAUGCAGUAUCAUGGCGCAGUGAAGGAAUAAAUUACAAGAAAAAUGAAGUAUUUUUAGAUGUUGUGGAAAGUGUUAACAUUCUUGUCAAUAGUAAUGGACAAAUAGUGCGGUCAGAUGUUGUCGGUGCAUUAAAGAUGAGGACAUAUUUGAGUGGUAUGCCCGAGUGUAAACUUGGUCUGAAUGACAGAGUUUUACUGGAGGCUCAAGGACGAUCUACUAAGGGAAAAGCCAUUGAUUUAGAUGACAUCAAGUUUCAUCAAUGUGUUCGCUUGGCCCGAUUUGAAAAUGAUCGAACAAUAUCCUUCAUACCUCCUGAUGGAUCUUUUGAUCUCAUGACCUACAGACUCACUACUCAGGUAAAGCCUUUGAUAUGGGUAGAAGCUCAAGUGGAAAGACACUCUAGGAGCCGCAUAGAAUUUAUGGUGAAAGCACGGAGCCAAUUUAAAGAACGCAGCACUGCAGGUAAUGUUGAGAUUGAGGUACCUGUACCAGUUGAUGCUACUAAUCCAAAUGUCCGCACAUCCAUGGGAUCAUCUACUUAUGCUCCUGAAAAGGAUGCAUUGAUUUGGAAAAUCAAAUCUUUUCCAGGUGGCAAGGAAUAUAUGCUGAGAGCAGAGUUUCGUCUUCCCAGUAUUACCUCUGAGGAAACAACCCCUGAAAGAAAAGCUCCUAUAAGGGUGAAGUUUGAAAUACCAUAUUUUACUGUUUCAGGAAUACAAGUUCGAUAUUUGAAGAUCAUUGAAAAAAGUGGGUACCAGGCUCUUCCUUGGGUGAGAUAUAUCACUAUGGCUGGCGAAUACGAGUUAAGACUGAUGUAAAAGCUGGCUGGUCCCUCCCUUUGUUGUUACCGGAGCCAUUGAAGUUUUUGUAUAACAUUUUUAAUCGGACUGAGCUGCCUCCUGAAAUUAAUGGUUGUUGUGAUGGUUUUUAAUGAAACAAUAUAAUCUCUUGCACAUUUUUUUUUCUCUUCUAGUUUUUUAAUUGUACCGAUACAUUUAAGGGUUGUGUCAAAGGAGUUUUGUUGCUUGUAACAAAACUAGUAUGCGUUACCAAAGGCCAUACAUGUAAGGGUUGUUAUAUUCUGAUCGAGUCUUCCUUUCCAAUAUGUUACGUUGGCUAUCUAUUUUGAUUA